GAAAUUAACUGACAGAGUUAUUAAUAUGACUAUCAACUGGUAUUGUAUAGUGUAUACUGUAUUGAUCUGUUGACAUAAUAUUGUGAUUAUAGACUGAAAGUGAAAUCUGAAUAUUGAUUAUUUGUUAUAAAAAAAGGACGCGCGUAAUUAAACGGAGAUAUUAAAAAUUAUCGAUAUUGAAUAACUGCAUUAAAUAAUAACAGAUUAUGUCUAUUCACGUAGAAAAUAACUUUAGAGAAAUAGAAGAUGAAAAAGCAUUUGAACAACGCGUACACUAUAUACCUUGUAAAAUUGAUGAGGACGGCCCGGCUAAUGUAGACAAGUAUUUUGAACCAUACGUAGUUGAAAACGAAGAAAAAGAGUUAUCUGCUACUUAUCGUGGGCACCCUCUCGAUGGAGUGAAGAUAUCAGUUCCUGAAGGUUACCGAGGUAUUAUUGUCACUGAAGCCAAGAGACCCCUCAAUGAGGAUGCAGAGAGAAAAUGUCAGGUGGCUGGUGGCUUCAGGGAUAUAAUGUACUGGAACUGGGAUAAGAAACCAUCAAAGAAUGAUAAUAUUGUAAAAGCACUGGACUGGAUAGAUAUUGCCGAAAUAAAGCAAGAGUAUUUUGCGAGGACAGCAACGCCUCACCAUGGACACCGUUCGGUUACGCUUGUCCUGUAUUAUGUGCGACUGUUGUGAACGCUGUAAAGAGGCUUAAAAUAAUGGAUUACAAGAAAACAAUAUUCCAAGAUUUGAGUAUAGAGCCGAUGACCGAUAUUGGCGAAGUUGUUUACAAUAUAGCGAGAAGUAAACAAACAAAAAACGAGAAAGUCAAUUCGCACAAAUUU